AUGCCGACCGACAGCCUGACAAUAACGCCCAGUCUCAGCACCUCGCUGCACCCCAAGCUCCACUUGACCGGCGCGAGCCCCCAGCAGGCCCCAUGUAUCCUGCACCUGACCGUAACCCUCUCCGACGCGCUAUUCCCCGACCCCGCCGAGCUGGCCGACCUGUUCGGCGCGCCGUCGUCCACGCCCCUUACCGCCUCGUCGCCCUCCUCGCCAUCCCUCGAGGCAGGCCUGGACCGGACACGCUGGCAUGCCGAGCCCUCCGUGAUUGACAUUGAGCGCCCCCUGGCCCCUGGGAGCGUCAGCCUGUCCCUCGCUAUUCCCGUCCGCUCGGGCGACGCGCUCGAGCUCGAGAUUCCGCUGCAUGCGCGAUAUCUGCCGCCUGAUGAGGCGGGCGUGGUCAACGUCACUGCUGUUGAACAGAUCUCUGGGGAUUGGACGUGCUUCGCGCGCCGUGGUGACGUGACGCACUUCCCCGUUAUACCCCCCGCGCCGGUCAUCUACGCCCUGCCUACUGCGCGCGCGUCGUACCGCCUCCCUGUGGAGAUCGCGACCGCGGCUAUUGUGUGGGCUGGGUUCGCCUACAUUGCGUACAAGAUUGCUGCGGUUGUCGCGCGAUCCACGCGCGCAAGGACAGCGAGCCGACCAAAGGUUGAGUAG